UGUCGGGUGACUGAAGAGAGAGGCUAAAUAACGUUCGAUUUUUUUUGGUUGUCAUGUGAAUAUCGAGCCUCCCCUCAAUCCAACUCCAUCGAGCCCAUUGACAACGUCAGUGCAAAAUCAUUAAGACGUUCGGAUAAUUUCGAUAGACAAUCAAAGAGCUGUCUCGAUACCUCGGGAAAUCGUUUCGUAGCUUUCAGUGAAUAAUUCAUUUUUUUUUAUGUGCACGAGUGCAGUGGGAUGUGUUAGCGCGCGGCUUUCUCGCGCAAUCGUGCUCCAGAUAACCGGCCCGUUGUGAGGGCCUUAUGUCAAGUCAAGUCCAGUGAUUACGGUUUUACCGUGAGGUGAGGUGUGUGCCAACAUGAAGAAGCUCUUCUCGAAGAUUGACAACACCUCCAAGGAGACCAAUAGCUAUUUGGGGAAGGUGUUUGUCGUCGGAAGGCACACCGUGACCGUCGAGGAGAUCCUUGCGGAAGGUGGAUUUGCCAUUGUAUUUUUGGUCAAAUCAUCUAGUGGGCGAUAUGCCCUCAAGCGUAUGUAUGUGAAUAAUGAACAUGAUCUCAAUGUUUGUAAAAGGGAGAUACAGAUUGCAAGUAACUUGAGUGGACACAAAAACAUAAUAGGAUAUGUAGAUAGUAGUAUUACUCAUACCGGGGGUGGAGUGCACGAACUUCUGCUCCUCAUGCCCUAUUGCAAAUCUCAUGUGCUGCAGAUGAUGAAUAAUAGGUUACAAGCUGGCUUCAGUGAAUCCGAAGUUCUCCAAAUAUUUUGUGAUGUCUGUGAAGCUGUAUCAAGAUUGCAUCACUGUCAAACGCCAAUAAUUCACAGGGACCUGAAGGUGGAGAAUAUUCUGUUGGCUGACUCUGGACACUACGUCCUUUGCGAUUUUGGGUCAGCGACUGGUAAAGUACUCAAUCCAAGUAUUCAAGGCGCAGCUGCUGUGGAAGAAGAAAUUAAAAAGUACACGACGCUCAGCUACAGAGCACCUGAGAUGGUGGACAUGUACUCUGGAAAGUCAAUUACGACGAAAGCUGACAUUUGGGCACUCGGAUGUUUACUGUACAAACUCUGCUUCUUCACGUUGCCUUUUGGUGAAAGUACUUUGGCGAUUCAAUCCGGAAACUUUACAAUUCCGGAUAAUUCCAGAUACUCCAAAGGCCUGCACAACCUAAUCCGCUACAUGCUGGAGCCAGAUCCAGACAUUCGUCCAGACAUCUACCAGGUCUCCGCAAUAGCCUGUCAGAUUCAGGGGAAGGAGAACCCAGUGCAAAACCUCUUCAAAGUCCCCACCUGUACCUUGGACGCCCUCCCAAGUGCCACCAUUGAGUCAGAGAGUGUAAAACGCUCAUCAUCAGUGAAAAUCCCCAAGCCCUCGACAGUGUCUCUGGUGGAGGCUACCUCAGUGACCCCUCGACAACGACCAAAGGGCCAGGGCGUGACCCCAGGGCCCAUCAGCCUCAGCGGCCAGAUAGUCUCCCAAAUAUCAGGCCAGGGUAAUCAAAUUUCCCAGACUCAAAAUUCAUCGUCUUUCGUACAGGUAGCACCUCCACCACCCCAGGCCCUUCAAUUCUCCCAGGUACCCCCUCACAUUCCUUCUCCCAAUACAAAUCCACCCUUUCCCCCUGGACAGAGCCAAACAUCACCUUUCGGACAGUCUCAGAGUCCAUUGAUUGGACAUUCACCAUUGACACUGCAGUCCCCAGUGACUGUUCAGGAAAAAAAUUCCUUCUACUUCGAGGGAAGACAGCUGGAGGCCAGACCCACACACGUGGCUGUUACUGAGGGCAACUUGGAGGCCCUCUUCCCACCCUCAGGAUAUCCAGACCCAUUUAAAGAUGACUUGAAGUCUAUGCCACCUCCUGCAAAGAUACCUCCACCUGUUGCACCCAAACCUGGGUCAAAUAAGGCCAUUCCUAAACUCACCACUCCCACCAACUCCGGACCCAAGUUCCCACCUCCUGCGGGAGCUCCUGGCAAGCUGGCUACUCCUACCGCGAGUAAAGGGAGUGUUGGGGGAGCAGUGAUAAUGGCAAAACCUGUCGGGAAGCUUGAGAGCUUGAGCCAGAACAUCAGUGCAAAUACUUCACCUCCUGAGAGCCCGACCAUGGGAUCCAGGCAUCGGAGGAACGUCAGUGAUACUAGUGCUUUUAAUAAAGUAUUUGCGAAUGAAACAUCGCAAUUUUUAGCCCCUUAUGAUGCUUCGGUGAGACCUCAUUCUGGGGAGAGUACACCACCAGAGGUGAAACCCGAUGGGAGACCGGUUAUUGGUACAAGUGCCUCGCAUGUACGUAUUGGUGAGCUCUCCGGUGUCUCGGGAGUGGAAGGACGUUCACUGAGUGCAGACGUUGCUGCGUGGAAUCCCUUCGAGGAUACUCAGCCGUUCAAUCAAUUAACAGAGGAUCACAUAUUUGGUGCUGAGUUUGAUAAGAUAAGAAGGGGUAGUAACAGCAGCAUCGGGGGUGUUAAGAGUCGCGAGAGCCUUGUUAUGACCUACUCAGAGUUACCUGAAGAUCCAUUUGAAUCUGCUCCAUUUACGUUGCCUGCCGGUAAAAAGUCAAAGCUUGGAUCAAAGACGACUGCAAUAGCUGGAGGUCCACCACCGGAUCGCCUCAAGAUCUCAGUCCACUGGAGUCCCUCCACAGAUCCACCUCCGCCUCUGGACGACGAGGCGAGCCUCUUAGUAGAUUCAACUCCGAUCUCCCCUCCAUUUGUGAAGAUCCCAGUGGAAGACCGUUCCAAGUACGAAAAACUAGCCUUCAACGCUGAUGAUAUUUCGAGCGACAGCUCAAAUUCCACCAGACGCUCGUCUAACCGCCUCAAGAAGAAGCGAAGAAGAGUGAAAGCAGUCUUGAGCCGUCGGAAAAAUCCAGCAAACCCAGACUUAAACCACGAUCCGGACUACGAGUCGGACGAUUCAAUCGGUUCCGCGAGCGAUCUGAAAGCAAUGAACGACGAUAACGAGACGAUAGAGGACGUAGAGCACUCGAAGAUAGAUGAAACUAUCUCGGAAAGCGUCAGAACCUGCGGUUCCUCAGCUUACCAUGCGGAAUGUGAGUCCGUAGCGACUCACGAGGAUGAUCACAGGGUGAAAAAAAUCAGGAGACACCACAGAAACGAGCAUUCGCUCCCUACGAUAGAAGCAGCUGAUCCUAUAGUUGGGCAUCAGUAUGGGGAGAAGCCUCUCCUUCUGGAUGAUGAAUUGGACCCAGAGUCAAAGCCUGAGCAGACCCAUGGGGACCCUUUCGUCAGUCAUCAGUAUAACUCCAAGCCUAGAAUGUUUAAUGAUAGCUCUUCUGAAGAGAUCGAGGAGAUUAAUCCACUGGGGAAUGGUAUCUUCAAGGCUGAGGAGGAUGUCUUCGCCAUGGCCCCGUUUCCCAGGCCUUCCAGCUCGCGGAAGAGUAGUUGUAGUAGAGACAGUGGGAAUAAAGCCAUUGCGUCUAUCACUCCGACACCGCCGACGGUUAGUUUGAUUACUCCGAUCUCAAGCUCUCCGAUUAUAUCGGGCAAUCUGGUAGAUAUUGUGGAUGAUCUUGUGAUUUGUCCUCCGAGACCUCCGAAGACAUCGGAGGGGACUAGAAGUAAUUACGAAAAUGUGGAUUUCGUGAUGGGAUCGACGAAUACGGUCGGGGGGAUUGGAGGAGAGAAGGAGAUUAAGGAUCUUGAAGAUCUUUUUGGCUCUUCGCCGUUCAACUCGACAGGGUUCAUCAAUCCUUUCAACAAAUCAAACUUCUCCACAACCGACAAAGACCAUCCAGUCUACCAGAAUUUCGAUGCCACCCCAAGUUUUUUACCAAAAACUCCAAACAACGUAAUUAUCCCUGGAUCUUCCAUCGUCUCCUCUUCGAAAUUUGGUCCAAUCACAGUCAGUUCCAAGCCUUCAGUAGCUACCUUACCAGUCAAAAGGGAUGAAUCUCCAAAGGACUUGUUCGGAUCCAUCCCCUUCGACGAUUUUGCUACACUCAGUGUGAACAAUCUUCAAAGACCGACAUCACUACCACUCUCUCAAUCUCCAACGUUUGACGACGGGAGUCUGAGCUCCACUCUGCCCUCAACAGCACUGUCGAACAACUCCGUGCAACUGGGGGGGAUUAGUCUUCAUCAGCAAAUACCUCAGACUUAUGUCAUCCAACCAAUUGCUAGGACUAUUCACACAGCUAGAAUUAUCGUUAAUGCGACUAAUUCAGUCUCUGGAUCUGAUGACACUCAGGACAUCCGAGAUCCAAUGUCACCUGAACCCCUCGUCACUGACGACUCUCCCAAGUUCAAGAAGGACAAGUUCAUCAAGAGUGAUAAGGGAAAGUAUCAUUUGAUCUAUGAGAACAGGAGUGAUAUGAUCAAUGUUCUGCCAGUCAAGGGUUCGGGGAAACUCAAGGGAGGGGCUUAUAAGAAGGUAAACAAGGGCAAAAAGGGUGGAGGUAGCGGGGUCACUGGUGGCUUCAGUAAUAUGAGUUUUGAGGACUUCCCUAGCGAUGAUAAUGACGAUAAGGGGGCUGGAGGGAACAGGGUGGCACCUUUUGAGGUCUUCAGGGAGGGGGAGAAACGGUUCGGGUCUCUGAAGAGGCGGAGCAAUCCGUUCACUUGAGAGAGAAUUUGGGAAGAGAAUGGGGAGAGUCAUUUUGAGUAUUUAUUGGGAGGGUAAGGGAGGAAUGAGCCACAAUAAUUUUGGCUGCGGUUGAAAUAUGGAGUGGUUUAUUAUGAGAAUAGUUUAGAAACUAUA